AUGAAGAAGCUCCCGAUGGAGAAAAGAACUCCCAGCCCAUGCUCUUCAUCACUGAAAACUUCACUUCGCAAAGCUCGCACUCUCGUACUUUGCUCCGAAACAAUCCGCGAGACGGUGUCGUCGAGCGACUUGAUGGCGUCCCUGAAAGCCCUGCUCGUGUCGGCCUGCGCGGUGUCCAUCGCCGCCGUCGCUCUCAGGGCCGCUGUUCCAUCGAUCUCCGGGCCUCUGGGUCCCCGGCUGCCGCCCGCGCUGGGCUCGCGCCUCUCGUGGUUCAGGCCUCCGUACCUCUUCAUCGUCGUCAACGGCAUCAUCGCCGCCAUCGCCGCCACCUCCAGGUGCUUCCACCGCGCGCAGCCGGAGAGGAUCGCGUUCACGGGUACGGAGGAGAUGGAGGUCAUGGAGGCGACGCCGGCGGCCGCAGCGGAGGAGGUGUUCGACGAGUCUAAGGAUUUCGAGGAGAAGAGGAUGGUGGCGGUGGUGGCGGCGGGGAAUGGCGGGGGGUCCGGCGGCGGAGAUGGAUAUAACGGUGACUGCGAAGGGGAGAGGAAGGUGGCGUUCGGGAGGUCCGCGUCGGCGCGGCGGAGGCGAGUGGACUCGUCGGAGAAAGCUCUGGUUCCGUCGAGGCUCGUUCGCCGGAAAGCUGCCGCCGGCGACCACCUGCAAGGGGGCAAAGCUUUAAGAAGUUCGAACGAAAACAUGGAGAAGGUUUGGAAAGCGAUAACAGAGGCACAGGCAGUGGCGAGGGCGGGGACGGCGCUGUCGGUGACACGGCGCGUGAAAGCGAACGACACCGACCACCAAAUCAGCUUGUCGGAGCCGCCGUCGCCGCCUCCUUCGAUGCAGAAAUCGGCAACGUUCAAGGAUCGGACCAAUCAGCAGCUACCCCUCUUGCCCGUUAAGUUGAGGAAGGAGCUGAGUCCGGACGAUCUGAAUCGUCGAGUUGAAGCAUUCAUUAACAAGUUCAAAGAAGAAAUGAGGUUACAGAGACAGGAGUCGAUGAAUCAAUUCAAGGAGAUGAUUAGUCGAGGACCGUAGGGCCAUGGAAUUCGCCAAAGGAGUGAGUACUAAGUAGGUCAUGUGAAAAGGUUUUCUUUUUUUAUUUGUAAAAAGCAUUGUGGGAGGAAAAUGAUGAAUUUUUUUUUUCAUUUCCCUUGGGACCAAAGUUUGUGAAAUUUAUUUUUACGAGUCAUGCUAUAAUCAGGUCCAAAAACAGCUGUAAUUUUCGUUGUUUUUGGGAUUCCAUAUAUACUUUCUAUAGGGCUUUUUGUGGGGUUGAUGCAAAUUCUUGUACAGGAAAGAUAGAAAAACCAGAUAUGUUGAUUCGAUGGUGAAAUUGGAAAAAGAAUUUCUUUAUUUUCUUUGA